GCCAACACCAACUUGGCACUUGCUUGGCGCGACAGCUUGUAAUCGUAAGUUGCAAUUGUUCAGUUUUGCGCUUUCGAACACGACUGGCCCACGAGCUACCUUCAUCCGCUGUGUAAUUGUUAACUGUAGACUGCACCUUGAAAACAGUGAUUCGAUGACUGAAGCUGAAACGAGUAACACAUUCUAUGUCCCGACAACAAAUCUCCCGAGCAUCACACCUCCCGAUUCCUACGAUCAUUUUCAGUCCGAACGUGUCCCUCUUAUCAUAGACAAUGGCUCCUCAAACCUGCGUUUUGGAUUCAGUACCUCCGCCUCCCCCCACUCCUCUCCUAAUGUCAUCGCCAAGUACAAGGAACGCAAGUUCAAUCAGUCGCUGUUACUUUUUGGCGACGCAAUCGAUGCAGAGAGUGGUGCAAAGAGCCAGGCAAAGACACCUUGGGAAGGGGAUGUGUUGUUGAAUUUUGAUGCAAUGGAAAACGCAUUGGACUACGCGUUUGUGAGGCUGGGAAUCGAUGCAGAGGGCAUAGACCACCCCGUACUCAUGACAGAGAGACUCUGCUCACCACUGCAUUCAAGAGCAUUGACCUCUGAGCUCAUGUUUGAGCAAUAUUCAGUUCCUUCACUCACUUACUGUAUCGAUUCCGUGAUGUCAUUUUAUCAAAAUAGCAAACCCACAUCCGCCAGCCCGUUCGCUGCUGACGGCCUUGUGAUCUCAUUCAACACGGCCUCCACAUCUGUUAUCCCCAUUCUCAACGGGAAGGGCGUGCUCAGUCACGCCAAACGAAUACCAUGGGGCACACAGCAAUCCACGGAGUAUCUCCUGAAGCUCAUCCAACUCAAAUACUCCAGCUUCCCGACUCGUGUGACUUCUGCACAAGCAAGUUGGAUGCUGCAUAAUUUCUGCUCCUUCGCCACCGACUACCCUGCUGUCCUCCGUUCCCUCAAAAUGCCUGCAAACAUGCGCGCUGCAGAGCGCAUCAUUCAGUUCCCUUUUGCAAUACCUGUUGUUGAAGAAAAGACCGAAGAGGAACUGACGAGGAUAUCGGAAAAACGAAAAGAACAGGGAAAGAAGCUUCAGGAGAUGGCUGCGAAGAGCCGGAUGGAGAAGUUGGCGAAGAAGGAGAAUGAUUUACAGUACCUUACAAAUUUGAAGGAAGGCAAGAGCGAGAAUAAGCGCGAGUGGACGAACACACUUCAAACCGAGGGCUUUGAUGAUGAUGCUGCCCUCGAUGAAACCAUCAAGAAGCUCGAGCUUGACGUGAAGCGCGCUCGCAAGAAGGAUCCUGAUGGGCAAGACGAUGUCAUUGAAGAACCUUCAUUUCCUCUCAUUGAUGUUCCUGAUGCCGACCUCGACGAAGAAGGGAUAAAAGAAAAGAAGAAGCAGAAACUUAUGAAGGCUGGUUUUGACGCAAGAGCGCGUGCGAGACGAGAGAAGGAGAAAGAACGAGAGGAGAAAGAAGCUGAGGAGAAACGAGAGGAGGAUGAACGGGAGAAUAACUUUGAUGAGUGGGCAACUAGACUGCGCCGUGAACAAGAGACCAUCAUGAACAAGAUGAAGGAGCGAGGACGUCGGAAAGCUGCCUUGUCAGAUCGGAAGAGCGCAGCUGCACAAGCUAGAAUGAAGAAUAUCGCUUCUCUAGCUGCCGACGAACGCGUUUCCAAGAAGAAACGGAAAGCGGGUGCAGAGGACAUGUUUGGAGCGGAUGACGAGGACUGGCAGAUUUAUCGUAAACUGAACACUGCGGCUGUAUCCUCAGAUGAGGAGGAAGAAUUCAACCAACUCCGGAUGAUCGAGAGCAAGCUCCUCAUGCAUGACCCGACAUUCACGACGCAGCACACGCACGCGUCGAUAACAUCCCAGCGGUCUGCGCUUAUAUCUGCGCUGAGACCACAGUAUGAGGAGGGCGACAUUGAAGGAAACGCGCGAAUACAUCUGAACACAGAACGAUGGCGCGUGUGCGAAACAUACUUCUCGCCGGGAAUGGCGGGUGUUGAUUCUGCUGGCCUCGGUGAAGUUCUUCAAAGUAUCCUGUCAAGAUUCUCAGAAUCCGAGAAAGCCAGGCUUGUGAGGAACGUAUUCGUUACAGGAGGUCCAUCGCAGUUCCCUGGGCUCCCAGAAAGACUUUAUGGAACGCUUCGUCCGAUUCUGCCACCCGAUAUGCACUUGGGGGAUAUUGUACGGGCGGCGGACCCAUCGCUCGAUGCUUGGAAGGGUAUGGCAUCUUUUGCGAACACGGAUGAGUUCCAUCACGUGGGUGUAACAGCGGAGGAGUAUCAGGAAUGGGGCGGGGAGAGGAUUAAGAGGUGGUGGGGAGGGAACUGGAAUUCAACGGUUUGAUAGAGCUGCAAAGAGGCAGGUGUUUGCUGGUGUUUGUAUAGCUU